CUUCUGAUGCGAUAACAUGACCAGCGGAUUCGUACAUUCCAUCAAAGUCCCAAGACUUUAUAAAUCUGCUGCUAAGAUUGUUCAGGAGGUUCGUGAGAAAGGUGGUAGUCUUAAAUCAUUGAUUUACGGACAAAAACAUCCUAAUGUGUCCGCGAUAUAUUCUUUAUGCCUUAAUACAUUGCAAAGGGAAGAGCAGUUAGAUCAUCUUAUAAAGAAAACUAAUAUAUUAGUGAAUGAACCUCGUUUGCAACCGUGGUUAGCAAAAAUCCUGAUAACAGAAUUACUUUGGGGGAAGAAGGCCUUGAAAACUGAAUGUAAACCUGUUCAAACUAUACUUGCGUAUGAGCAAAAAUUUCGAGAAGAAUUAAGCAAUAUUAGUGACAUUGAUGCGCUUCAGAAACCUCAUAAAACAGUAAAAAAAGCAAGAUAUGUUCGUAUCAACACUUUAUUAGUGUCACUAGAAAAGGGGAUAUCUUAUUUUCAAGAGGAGGGAUGGUCUUUCAUGCCGAAAUGUCAGAGUUAUGUAGAGCAUUUAAAUGUUAUACAAAAUUUAAAAAAGCCAAAUUUUAUUCAGGAUUAUCAUAUUUCGGAAUUACUUAUUUUUCCGCCUGACACAACUUUUCAUGAUCACCCUGGUUAUCAAAAUGGAGAAAUUCUUUUACAAGACAAGGCUAGCUGUCUUCCACCACAAUUGUUAAAUCCAGAACCAGGGUCUACAGUACUUGAUCUAUGUGCAGCUCCUGGAAUGAAAUCAUCUCACUUAGCUGCAAUAAUGGGAAAUAAAGGAAAAAUUUACGCAGUGGAAAUUGAUGAACAAAGGUACGAAACAUUAUGCGAACAAGUUAGAAUAACAAAUGCCACUUGUGUAGAAACUGUCAAUAAAGAUGCAUUAAUUUUGAACCCAAAUGAAUAUCCCAAUGUGGAAUACAUUCUAGUUGACCCAACGUGCUCUGGUUCAGGUAUGUUGGAUAGACAGAUAGUGCAUGGCAAUGAAAAAUGUAACCCGCAGCGUCUCAAACAAUUACAAGCAUUCCAAGUUUUCAUUUUGCGACACGCUUUAUUAAAUUUCCCGAAUGUGAAGAGGAUUGUUUAUAGCACUUGUUCUAUUUAUCCGGAAGAAAAUGAGCAAGUAAUAGACGAAAUUCUUGAAAAUGUACAAGACGCAUACAAGCUUUCUCCCGUGAAGGAUUUGUUAAAUCAAAACUGGCUAAACUUCAGUUCAAAGAAAUAUAAUUGUUCAGACAAAUGUCUUUAUGCCAAUUCUGACAUAGAUUUGUGCAAUGGUUUCUUUGUUGCUGUAUUUGAACGAAACUUUGAUGUGCCACUACCAGAAUACAAACGAAAAGGGAACGUUGCAUCAAAUAACAGAGAAGUAGAAGAAGUAGAAGAAGUAGAAGUAUUACACCUUGAGAAAGCAAAUACGACACGGAAGAGGAAAAAGCGCGGGAAAAGGAAAAGCGCGAAUCAAGAACCUUCCAAAGACGAAGAAAACAGUGACAGCAUGAGUAUUCUAAAUGCUUCUUCUGAUUCGGCUAAAAUCAUCCAAGAAAUAAACAAUGAUAAUGAUAAUGAUUUGUCUCAAAAUGAUGGCGAUAAGUCUUGUCAAAAUGACGACGAUGAGCAUUCUGAGAACGAUAACGAAGUUGUUAUUGAAAAGAAGAAAAGGAAGAUUGAACGAAAGAAAAGGGAAGCCCUUUAAAAAUAUAACUUAUUAUCCUUGGACGUUUCUUUAUUGUUGUUACGUAAAAUAUAUUGAGAUUUUUUAUAUUGGAUUUGCAAAAACAGUAAAUACAUACUGUCGAAUUAAAGAAAGAAACAGGAAUAAAAUACGAUGUUCUUUUCCUUUA